CUGCAGGGAACCGCCAGUCACCUUCUGCGAACAACAAUGGCCAACACUGCCUCGUUUGUUCUCUUGUUUUGUGUUUACGCGACCGCUCUGCCCCGCCCGACUCCGCUCGGCGGCCUCCCGCCAGAUGACCUGCAGCGCGAGAUCCACACGGCCCUCAGGACGGGCGACGCAGGCCCCUUACUGAAGGAGGUGACUCGACUACUUGACCUCAGACGUCUCCUGGCCAGUGGGGGGCCUCUCGACGAGCCUCGCCGGUCGCUGCUGUGCUCCACCUGCAGCGUGGGCGUCGCGCAGAUCAUCCAGGAGGUGGAGAACGGCGCCGCGCCCGAGGCCGUCGCGGGCCAGCUGACGGACCUCUGCGUGGCCCUCGGCGUUGCGACGCUCAACGUUUGCCAGCACUUCUUCGCCCUCGCCGAGCCGCAGCUCCACUGGAUAAUCCUCAACCGCCACGUCACGGGGAAAGACGCCUGCGGCAUGCUCUUCGUCGGGUUCGGCUGCGAGACGGACAACCCCGAGCGCGUGUGGGAGGUUUCGCUUCCCGACACGCCGAAGCCGCCUGUCCAACCCCCGACCUUGCCGGAGCCCGGCUCGCCUGUGAUGAAGGUCCUGCACUUGGCAGACACGCACUUCGACCCUUUCUACAAGCCCGGCAGCAACGCGGAGUGCGAAGACGUCUUCUACUGCUGCAGGGAGGAGAGUGGACCUCCCGAGCGCCCCGAGGCCGCGGCCGGGCAGUGGGGCGACUACCGCUUCUGCGACGCCCCCAAGUGGCUCCUGCAGGAGAUGUACUCGCACAUCGCGAACACGCACCAGGACAUCGACUUCAUCGUGUGGACGGGCGACCUGAUCCCGCACAACUUGUGGAACACGUCCCGCGAGGGCAACCUGGACGUGAUUCGCCAGGCCAUCCAGAUGGUCAAGGACAGCUUCCCGGGGAUUCCUGUGUUCCCGGCCAUCGGCAACCACGAGGCCCACCCCGUGAACGCUUUCCCUCAACCGUACAUCGAGAACGAAUUCGACAUCUCUUGGCUGUACGACGAGAUCUCGGCGCUGUGGGCGACGUGGCUGCCGGCGGACGUCGCCGCCAGCGUCACCUACUCCGCCUUCUACUCCACGCUCAUCAAGCCGGGGCUCAGGAUCCUCUCAGUCAACACCAAUUACUGCUAUAGCUUCAACUGGUGGCUGCUUCUCGACGACGUGGACCCGGCGUCGGAGCUGGCCUGGAUGGCGCAGGAGCUGCAGCGCGCCGAGGACGCGGGCGAGAAGGCCUUCGUGGUGAGCCACCACCCGCCGGGCCACCGAGACUGCUCCAAGACCUGGAGCCACCAGUACAACAGGAUUGUUCACAGGUACGAGUCGACGAUCGCGGGCCUGUUCUACGGACACACGCACAAGGACCACUACAUGAUGUUCUACGACCCCGACGAGCCCGAGCGAGCCUACCACGUGGGCUACGUAGCGCAGAGCCAGACGCCCUACCACAAGCUGAACCCGGGCUACAAGGUCUACACCGUGGACGGCGACUACCAAGGCUCUUCCUACCGUGUCCUUGAUCAUGAAAACUGGAUCAUGGACCUGGAUGAGGCUAACGAGAGCGACGACCCAAGAGUGUUCCUUCUCUACACGGCCAAGGAGGCCUAUGGAAUGAGUGACUUGACACCGUCCUCCUGGUCCGACUUGAUCUAUGUGAUGAAUCAACCGAACAGCACCGUUUUCGAGACAUUUUACAGACACUACACGAAGGCCGGGCGCCCUCUGCUGGCGGCUGGCUGCGACGGCGAGUGCAAACGCGACCUGCUGUGCGAACUCCUCACGUCAGACAACUCCGACAGGUCUCGCUGCGACUCGCUCGGCUCCGCCUGAAACUCCGCUCGAAGCCCAUGUGAAGGCUAGAGAAGGAAGGCGAGAGCUUCUGUGCCCAUGGACGUUUUACGGGCACGAUUACAGAAUUUUUUUUACUAGAGUAAAAGGCAUAAUAGUU